AUGGUUGAACUUUUCGAAUCGUGGUUUAAAAAUAACUUAUUACCAAAUUUAGCAGACAACAGUGUUAUUGUUUUAGAUAAUGCAUCAUAUUAUUCUAAACAACUUAAAAAAAUUCCGAAUAAAUACUCUAGAAAGGAUGAAUUGCAAGAUUUUUUAUUAUCACAAGAUUUAUAUUUUGAAGAUUGGUACACUAAAGACCAAUUAGUAGAGGUACUUAAUACAAAAUUAUUUGUAAAGGAAUAUAUUAUUGAUGAAGCAGCAAGUAAAAAUGGACAUACAACUUUAAGACUACCACCAUAUUACUGCGUUUUAAAUCCAAUAGAGUUGUUAUGGUCUCAACUGAAAUAUAAUGUGAGACAAAAAAAUGUAAGUCCAAAAUGUUAUAACAAUGUCGUGAAACUGAUAGAUUCUGAAUUUAAAAAUAUCUCUGAGGAUAACUGGAAGAAAGCAAUAGAGCACGUAGAAAAUAUCGAAAAAGAAUAUCUUAAAAAAAUUCCUGUUCUAAAUAAAAUUAUUAUCAAUGUGGAGAACAGUGAUUCAGAGGAAGAAAGUGACGAAGUGUAA